AUGAAUUUCCUUUAUCUAACAUUAAUCCUUUCUUUUAUUCCUCAAAUCUAUGGAUAUAGAUUCUUAUUUCAAGUCAUAAACACUGCCUAUUCACAUGUUUCAUAUGCCGGGAAAUUGGCUGAUUUUUUGGUGGAGCAAGGACAUCAAGUUGUAUGUUUAUUAUACAGGGUGUUCCUAGAAUUAUGGAAAAAACUAUUGAUUAAUAUGUAACUUUGUGUUCGAUGGUCCAAUCCGAAAUUUUUUUUUGCAUUUUUCAGAAAAACCUUGGAGUUUUUCGAAUCAAAAAAAUUUUUUCUUUUAUCGGCGAAGACUUCCGUAAUCCGCCUUGAAUUCGGCGGAGUGUUUUUUUCACAAAUGAGGCUGUAAAUUGUUGCAUGUGUAAAGAAAAUUGGGGGAAAAGGGUUCGGAAGAUACGAUAUGACAUUUAUUUCAAAUUUUUGUCUUUCGGCGGAUACAUUUUUUAACCUCGGCGGACGUUUUUUCUUCGACUCUGGAGAGUCAAAAUUUUCUAAAACCAAGACGUAUGGUAUUCCUGGUGGCAUGGCGCCUAAAUACGACUUAUUGCGUUUUCGGCCCACUUGGAUAAGAAAAAAGGCAAUUCGGCGGAGAAAAAAAUGAACCUAUUUUUACAGUCCCAUUUGUGAAAAAACCACUACGCCAAAUUCAAGGCGGUUACGGAACUCCGCCAAUAAGAGAAAAAAAAUUUUUUUUUGAAUCUAGAAACUCCAAGGUUUUUCUGCAAAAUGCAAAAAAAAAUUCGGAGUGUACCACCGAGCACAAAGUUUUUAAUGAAUAGUUUUUUUCCAUAAUUGUACGAACACCCUGUAGAAGUGGAGCGCUUCUGGUGCGCCGGUCGGAUUCCAUUGGAACAUUUCUAAUUUUGAUUAUUGUUCAUGUAAAGGUGGUCAUAUAAGAGUUAAAAUUUUUUUUCCCCAAAUCGCGAUUUUUGGUGCACAAAAAUGUAAAUCAGCACCGCAUUUCGGAAUUCGGUGCUCAAGAAAUUACGUCGACGCCAAUUUUUCGGCUUGGGCGUCGAUUUUUUUGUGCACCGAAAAUCGCGAUAUGGGAAAAAAAUUUUUAUUUUUUAAUAUUUAUAUGACCAGCUUUAUAUGGAACAUGCCAGAUUCUUUGUAAAAAGUUGGCAAAAGUUCGACACUUUUUUUGAAAUAGGCAGGUAUCAGACUGUUGGGAAAAUAACGAAGAUUUGUCGGCACAAAAUAUCUCGGCUUGUUGCAGUCAGGCACCAAAUCUUCAGCUGCUGCUAACCGUCGCAAGGCGAGGAUGGGCGAUUUCAAAGUUCGACAAAUUUACGUUAUUUUCCUGGUGGACCAAUAUAUCGCCAAAGACUUAUUUCUCACUCUGAUCACUGUUCGCAUUCAUUCUCUUGGCGCCAAAGAAUUAUGAACAUUUUGUCUGCCGUUGCAGAGAAGAUAAGAGCAAGCUAAAUGUUCAGGAAUUGGCAUUUAACCCAAGGAAAUGCCUGAAUAGUUCAAAGAAAUUCUGAGUGUCGCAUUGGGAACAUUUCCCUUGUAAAUUGAGGGGUUCGGACUUUUAUGCUUAACAUUUGAUAAGCAUAAGGCUUUAGCCAUACCGCAUUUUGAUAAGCAUAAGGCUUUAGCAAUACCACAUUCAAAACAUUUCUUUCUCAGGACUUUGUCGUCCGCCGCUACAACACAUUCAUCUCCGGAAAUGGCGCAAAAACGGCGAAUGUCAUAGUCCACACUCCAAAGGAUGUAGAGAAACUCAACCAGCUCAUGAGGCAGGUCCCAAUGUACCAUGAUGUGUUCACUCAAAGCGGUGACAUUUUUACUUGGAAAACAUUGGGAAUUUUUCGUCGCGUUUUGGUAAAGGGAUGUGAAGGCAAGUGUAGAAUACGUUGGCAAAUGUAACGAACCAAUUUUAGGCACUUUGGAGGAUCAAGAUCUCACAAACAGAUUGAAAUCGCAAAAAUAUGAUGCCGCUUUUGUUGAGCACUAUGAUUCCUGUGGACUGUUGAUGGCAGAGCUGCUCGGAAUUAAAACUGUAAUGUAUUUUUCGGUUCAAGGAGUCAGUAUGCCGCAUCGGAAUCACUUUAGCAUUCCCUCCCCUCCUGGGUUAAUUCCGGGUAAGCGUAAGCCUCUAAUUCGUUGAUUCCGUACAACAAAAUCUGUCUAUAACAAACGUUCGUUGAGCAUCUAUUUAACUUUCUCAAUUAGUCAAUUAACCCUCUCUAAAGAUUUUUUUUGGUCCUUUCCGAGUUUCUGCAGAUCCCUUCAGCUCAAUUCAUACAUACAACUUCAAAAUCUUACCGUAUUUUUACACAGGAAACAUUUUCAGUCUACAAUGAAGUUCCCCCAUCCGGCCAUCGAAUGUCGUUUGUUGAGCGGGCCAUAAACUUGUACCAUUACUUCCGUUACCAUUUCUUGAUACCUCUAAGGCUUCACAAUGUACUCGUAAGCAUUUCCUUUUUGUUUACUGUGGGUCUUCCUUGUUUAAAAACUCUAGGGAAUACCAAGAAAGUAAAAAUGUGUAUUAAAUAAAGUUUGUGACUUCAGAAUUCAGCGAAGCCAUGUGAAAAGCAUGAAAAGCGGUGACUGCACUUUUAUACGAAUGAAAUAUUGAGACAGUAGCGUCUGAAAAAUCAUUCAAUAAUUUCUUCAGGAGGACCUCCGUCCCGGCCUCGUUCCACCAGGUACGCCGUCAACGCCCGAGCUUGCUUCCAGAGUUGUCUACAAUUUUGUGAAUUCCCUCGAAUUCCUCAAUUUCCCUGACUUUUCUACCACUCAAAUCAAACAUGUUGGUGGAAUCGGGCUACUCAAAGCCGGUCAAGUGGACGAUUUUUUACUGCCGAUCAUUAAGAAAGCCAAAAAAGGAGUUGUUUGGUUCUCAUUCGGGUCCAUUGUGGACACAAAGAAGAUGAGUCCAACAAUCAAAAAUGCCUUCAUUGCCGCGUUUUCCCAAUUUGAGGAUUACCAAUUUCUAUGGCAAAUGAACAACGCCGAGGAUAAGGAAACUAAGGUAUUUAUAGAAUCGUAAUUACUCCGUAAAUUAAUUUGUAGGCCAUCUUUGCGCCUUAUUCCAAUAUUCACGUGGUAAAAUGGGUAAAUCAGCCAGCGCUGUUGGCCAAUCCCAAGACCAAAGCGAUGAUUUCUCAUGGCGGCCUUACUGGGUUAUUUGAAGCAGUUUAUUAUGGAGUCCCACUGAUCUCGAUCCCAAUGUUCAUGGAUCAUAAACGAUCAGCAGCGUUGGCGAAAUACCACGGAAUUGGGGUGAUAUUGGAUAAAUACACAUUGAGCGCAGAGAAGGUCGCAGAAGCACUGAAGGAAGUGCUCGAAAAUCCUAGGUAAUUGAAAACGAAGUGACGCGGAGGGUGGCUGGUGAUUUGUGAUUUAAACAGCAAUUUCCGCAAACGCUAGUUCGUGCGCUACAAAAAUUUUUGAUAUAUUUAAAGAUCUUUGCCGCUGACAAGUCAUAAGGAUAAGGAGGGAUGGCCAGAAAUCGGGUAUACUUCCUAGCCUCUAUAUCUGCCAACUUUAUGCUUUUUGGCUACCAUGUUUACGCCUUUACCUCAUUUUUCAGUUACAAAGAGAACAUCUUGAUAACGCAAGCGAUGAUGAAGGACGCCCCUCGGAAAGCCGAACAGAUCUUUCUGGAUUCCGUUACUUACGCGACAAAGUAUGGUCACCGAUUACAGAAGACAAACGUCCCACCAAUGCAUUGGAUACCGUACUUCUGCGUUGAUGUGGUUGCGGUAGCAUUUACCGUUAUUGUAAUAGUAACAUGGUUUGCUCUUUGUCUCGUGAAGAAAAUUUUCAAGGUCAUUCCUGGAAAGCGGAAAGGAAAGAAGGCGAAACACUCGUAG